CUCUUAUACUGGCCGACUCCAUGUCAAUCUACCAUCCGACCCUCGUCCGCUCGCUGCGGAGACCUCUCUGCCGUCUCUGCAUAAGAUGAGUCUUCCCGGUUCAUCUCCGGUUUUCCUCCGUCCUCACCCUGGCCGUCGGCGCGAUAAGCCGCAGCUGUCGUGCAACUCGUGCCGCCUACGAAAGCGAAAGUGUGACCGCCAAAAGCCUUGUUCUCAGUGCAUUAAACACCGCCGCGAGUCGACGUGCACGUACGCUGACUCGCCGGUGCCGUCCUCCUCGCCCAAGGACCUACACGUUGUCUCUCCCUCUAGUACAUGUACCGAGCGCCUUGUCGAGGAUACUGGCGCAUCUACCAGCGGGCCGGGCGGUCUUUCAACGCCGGGCAGCACGCAUGCGACCCCCCGUUUCGUUGCAUCGCCAGACGCGCCAGACCUAAAACUGACCGCGUCCGGGACCGGCUUCAAGGACUCAACCCACUGGACCUCUGUUCUGAGCGACGUGACGAACGGAAAGAGACGAGAUGACGCAGUCGGCGCAACCCAACCCGAGGCCGCAUUCGACGACCGUGUACCUUCUCCGCCGGAGCAGAAUAUCCUCCUCUUUGAGGGGUGUAAGCACGCCACUGACCAGGAGCUCCUCGCCUCGAUGCCACCCAAGAGAGAAGCCGACAGCUUGGUCGCAUACUACUUCCGAGCUCAGGAAUACCGGUGUAGGUGAUCACACCACGCUGCAUGCGAAACCCUUGGCCGGUUCAUGAUGAUGCUGAACAUGAAUGUUACCUCACUAGCUGUCAUACAUCCAAGCGAGUUCUUGAAGAGGGUAACAAGGCUCCUAGCACAUACCACAGGGGGACCUGAUGGCUGACCGUUGCCCUUUAAUCAAGUACAAUGCGUUUUGGACGAGUCCUGGCUCUGAAUCCAUCACAUGGCUCGGUCUGUUGUACAGCAUAUUCUGCCUCACCAGUCAAAUGCAGUGCCAGGAGAGCGUGCGCUGCAAGGCCCAGAACCGCGCGUCGCCCGCCGGGUCAUUUCUACCUUCGCAUCGAAUUCUGGACUACCGAGAAAAGGUUGUACAAUGCCUUGUCCGAGGCCAAUUUGCCAAGGGGGGGCCUGACAUCUUGGAGACGCUCGUUCACUACGUUGUGAUCGAAAACUAUCUCAACAAGGAUUCCAACAUUGGGGUCUGGCUCUUGAUGGGCAACAUUGUACAGAUAGCUAUCCGCAUGGGCUACCAUCGAGACCCCCAGCACUUCAAGUCCCUGUCCCCCUUUCACGGCGAGAUGAGGCGCCGGCUCUGGGCCACCAUAUACUCGCUCGACGUAGGCUUCGCAACCCAGAUGGGCCUUCCGGGCAGUAUCAAGCAUGCGCUGUGCAACACGAUGCCGCCUCGCAACCUACAGGACCGCGACUUUGACGCCGGCUCGGCCGAGCUGCCGCCCGCGAGACCGCUUGAUGAACUUACUUCUAGCACCGUGAUCAUCGCCAAGAUCCACGUGGCCACUACCAUCGGCGACGUGUCGGACAUGGUCUGCAGCCCUCUGCCGCUGGCGUAUGGGGAUUUGGUGGCGGCGAAUACAAGGCUGGAUGAGAUGUAUGCGGCCCUGCCCGGCCCGUGCAAGCCCCUCCUCGCCCUGUCCGAGUCUCUGCUUGACCCCCCAUCAGUCGUGUAUCAGCGCAUCAACUUUUGCAUGCACUACCAACGAGCCCGCAUCCUCGUCAACUGGAAGUUCCUCAGCACCGCCAAGGACGUGACGCGGAGCAGCAACCCCUGCUGGGGUAUCGUCAUGGAAGCGGCCACGGAGAUCUUGCGGCUGCAGCAGCAUCUCAUGGCUGAUGACGAUGACUCCGGCGUGCUGGACGUGCUGCCCCCCACCGGGGUGGUCGAUUCGUGCUUCAUGAACAACGGGUACUUUCUAGCCGCCAGCGUCGCGUGCUUCCUGCUGCGACAUCGCAAGGAUCAAAUGUCCUCCCACGAGCUCUGUGAGGUGCGGGGCCUGCUGGAAAGGAGCCUAUCUAUAUGGAGUCGCGCGGACAACGUGUCUCGAGAGGCGGACAGGGUGGUCGUGGCUUUGCGGAUCGUGCUGGAUAAGCCUGAGGAGCAUGGUACUCGUACCGCGAUGGAGACGGCGGGGGCGCAAGCUCAAGCAGGUGGAGGUGAGAGAGAGCCCCCUACAUAUAAGGGCUGGAACCAGUCUGAUCGAGGCCGUUGCGUUUUGGAUUCCCUGGGAAGAGGCCAAGCGACGGCUUCCAGUUUCGCGUCCUUUUUCGAGGACCUACCGUUGAUGAUGGCGACGGAUGUUGAUGCGUCGUCUUUCCCUGCGCUGCCAGCAAUACCCAUGAUGGACUACUGGCCGCAUGUGGAUAGGGGCAUAUAG